CUCUACCGCUAAAGAAUCCAACCUCUAACGUUCUUUGGAGUCCUCGCUCUCGGAAAGCUGAGGGCUGAGUUCGCACAUGGCAAGCACGAAGCCGAGCCCUCCCACCCUUCAGAAAUCGGGAGCCAUUUCUAAAGGCUACAACUUCGCCUCUACUUGGGAACAGAAUGCUCCUCUAACGGAGCAGCAACAGGCGGCAAUCCUAACGCUGUCUCAUAUGGUUGCGGAGCGGCCUUUUCCGCUCAAUCUACCACCGGACCACGUUUCCCACCCGGAUAAUGCCUUGUCCAUCUCUGCUUCCGCUAAAGACUCUUUUCUCCAACAUUCUGGUCCUGCCAUCCAACCGUUCUUGGUCAAUACAAACCAGUUUUACAAAUGGUUUACCGGCCUUGAGGCAGCCAUGAAGUCAGAGGCAGAUGAGAAAUAUCAACAAUAUGUAAACACUUUGACAGAGCGCAUACAGACAUGUGAUGGUUUACUUAAACAGGUGGAUGACACCCUAGACUUAUUUGAUGAACUACAGCUGCAGCAUCAGGCUGUAGCUAUGAAGACUAAAACUCUUCAUGAUGCAUGCGAUCGGCUGGUAAUGGAGAAGCAAAGACUGAUUGGGUUUGCAGAAGCACUUCGUAGUAGGCUCAAGUACUUUGAUGAAUUGGAGAAUAUUGCUUCCAAUUUUUAUUCUCCAAAUAUGAAUGUUGGAAAUGAAAACUUUGUCCCACUGCUCAAGCAGCUUGAUGACUGCAUUUCGUAUGUUGAAAGUAAUCCAGAGUAUUUAGAAUCCAGUGUUUACUUGCUCAAGUUCCGACAACUUCAGUCUCGAGCUCUGGGCAUGAUGCGCUCUCUUGUACUUUCUAUCCUCAAAAGUGCUUCUUCUCAGAUUCAGACAGCAAUUCGAUCUAGUGGCAGCGGCAAAACAGCUGUUUCUGAAGGUGUAGAGGCAUCUGUUAUAUAUGUUCGUUUCAAAGCAGCAGCGAGCGAGCUUAAGCCGGUGCUGGAGGGAAUUGAAAGCAGAUCAUCGAGGAAAGAAUAUGUUCAACUUCUUGCAGAAUGCCACAGAUUAUAUUGUGAACAGCGGCUUUCCUUGGUAAGAGGCAUAGUGCAUCAACGGAUAUCUGAGUUUGCAAAGAAAGAGGCCUUGCCAUCAUUAACUAGAUCUGGAUGUGCAUAUCUAAUGCAGGUCUGUCAGCUUGAGCAUCAGCUGUUUGAUCAUUUUUUCCCAUCUUCUGAGGACAUUUCAAGUUUGGCUCCCUUAAUAGAUCCCCUGUCUACAUAUUUGUAUGAUGUACUCCGCCCAAAACUUAUUCAUGAAACAAAUAUUGAUUUUUUGUGUGAACUUGUUGAUAUCCUCAAAGCUGAAGUCUUAGGAGAACAGCUAAAUAGGCGGGGUGAACUGUUAGCUGGGCUGUGCCCUACCUUACAAAGAAUUCUAGCAGAUGUUCAUGAGAGGUUGACUUUUCGUGUUCGAACACAUAUUCGUGAUGAGAUAGCAAACUAUUUGCCUUCUGCUGAAGACUUGGAUUACCCUGCAAAGCUGGAACAAUCUGUUGAGAAUGAAUCAGGGACUACUGCUGCUGAGGAAAACCCAGAUGUAUUUAAAACUUGGUAUCCACCACUUGAGAAAACUUUAUCAUUGCUUUCAAAGUUGUAUCGCCGCUUAGAACCUGAAGUUUUCACUGGUUUAGCACAGGAAGCUGUAGAAGUUUGCUCGAAGUCUAUCCAAAAAGCAAGCAAACUUGUUUUAAAGAGAUCAACCCCAAUGGAUGGCCAGCUCUUCCUCGUAAAACAUCUUCUUAUUUUAAGGGAGCAGAUUGCACCUUUUGAUAUUGAAUUUUCAGUAACACACAAGGAACUUGAUUUCUCUCAUUUGCUGGAACAUUUAAGACGUAUUCUUAGAGGCCAAGCAUCACUAUUUGACUGGCCAAGAUCAACUUCAUUGGCAAGGACCUUGUCUCCCAGAGUUUUGGAAAGUCAAGUAGAUGCAAAGAAGGAACUUGAGAAAAGUCUGAAAGCCACUUGUGAGGAGUUCAUUAUGUCAGUUACUAAGCUAAUUGUGGAUCCUUUGCUUUCUUUUGUUACCAAGGUGACAGCUGUCAAAUUUGCACAAUCCUCUAGCAAUCCAAAUGAAAAGCUAGAGUCAGUUAUGGCCAAACCACUUAAGGAUCAGGCAUUUGCUACCCCAGAUAAGGUGGCUGAACUCGUUCAGAAGGUAGGAGCUGCUAUUCAACGAGAGUUACCAACAGUAAUGGCAAAGAUGAAGCUUUAUCUGCAGAAUCCGUCAACACGAACAAUCCUUUACAAACCAAUCAAGACAAACAUUGUGGAAGCCCAUGUAAAAGUACAAUCCUUACUAAAGGCAGAAUAUUCUGCUGAAGAGAUAGAGAGCAUCAUCAAUAUGGUGUCUAUACAGGAUCUGCAAGCACAACUUGAUGAUCUGCUGUAAGGUGCUUGGGAAGCCCAAUGAAUUACUUAAUGCCAAAUCUUUCCCUCAAGACGACAACAUUGAUAAUACAGAACGGUAUUAGAUUUCAUCUGUGGAUCCUCGAUGUUGCUGAUAGAUAAAUAGGAAACCCAAACACGCACAGCUUAGGCUUUAUAUUGUUAUAUUAACAAAAUUUUAUAUACCCAUUUUGCUUGUAAUAUCAAAUAGCACAUUAAUUUACAGCUACCAUAACAAAUAUCGUGAUGAUUACAUGUCAAUGAGCAGACAGUAUCUGAUUAAUUAAAAAAAAUUCUGAUUAACUUUUUUACCGCA